GAGUUUAAGACUUACGAUAACUUUGUUUCAUUAGCUGCUGAAUGUGUGUGGCAGAUAAGAGAUAAAGACAGAAGAGGCAAAGUAUGGAACGAACAGAUAAAACCAACUGCUUCAGAUUUAAAGAAAGCCAUUGAUGCUUUAGUUAUUUUAGCUGGUAAUGUUUCAAUGUAUAACGCAAAAAUGAAUCCGCAAUGUUCAAAAUGUAAAGCAGCAAUGAGGAAAUAUAACUAUUCAGUAAAAGAGAUAGAACGUAUGAGAAACGAUUACGCAGACUUAAAGAAAGAAGCAGAAAAGCCAGCAGAAGAUAAAAUGGACAUGUUGACAUUUCUUAAUAAAAACUAUCCCACAGCUGAUGAUUUCCUUUUAUCUGAUGUCAAGAAGAAGUAUAAAGAAACUUUCGGCAUUGUUAAAAUUUUUGAUAUAUUAACUGAAGAAAUAGAAGCUACGAAAUUGUUUAGAAUCUCACGAAUUCAUAACGUUUACCAUGUAAAACGGUUAUAA